AUGUGGAUGCAGCAUGAGCAAUUCAAUGAGUUUAUUUCUGAUGUUUGGGGACAAGCUGCUAGAUCAGCCUUGGAUAAAACUUAUCAGUUGGUUCAGCCGCUAAAAGAUUGGAAUGUUAAUGUUUUUGGACAUGUUAAGAAGCGGAAGGCCUGUUUGUUGGCUCGUCUUAAUGGUAUUCAAAAAGCUUUGUGCAGGGGCUCAAAUACUUUUUUGAGUAAAUUGGAAAUUUCUUUGAUUGAGGAGUAUAAUUGUGUGCUGGAGCAAGAGGCUAUGUUAUGGAAACAAAAAUCCAGAUUACAGUGGCUUCAAGAAGGUGAUCGAAACACCAAAUUCUUUCAUCUUACUACUAUUAUUAGGCGGCGGAGGAAUAAAAUAGAGAGAUUAAAGAAUAAUGAGGGGGUUUGGGUUGAGGAAGCUCAAGACAUUAAAGGUUUGGCUAUGGCAUAUUUUGAGCAGUUGUUUUCUCAAGAAUUUGUGGAGCACAGAGAUCUGACUUUACCUAAGUUGUUCCCUGUUAUUGAUUCGGCUGAUUUGGAGUUGCUUGAGAAGAAUAUUGACAUGGCUGAGAUUAAGCGAAGUUUGUUUGGGAUUGGAGGUUUGAAAGCUCCUGGUGUAGAUGGGUUCCCAGCUUGUUUCUAUCAAGCUCAAUGGAAUAAAUGUGCUGAUGAUAUUUUCGCUUUGGUGACUCAAGCUUUUCAGAAUUGCAGCAUCCCUGACAGGCUGAAUUACACUUUAAUAACUUUGGUGCCUAAAGUGCAAAGCCCCCCAGUCUAUGGUUCAGUUUAG